CGGCCCAGGUGCCAGCGGAUCCGCGGCCGGCUCGGGCGCGGAGCAGCCCAGCCCAGCGCGGGCAGAGACCAGCCGGCUGGAGGCAGUGGCGGCGGUGGUUCCCAGUCCGGCCGGUGCCGGGCCUCCGACCGAGCCGCGGCCGAGCGGGGCCUCGGCCCGGGCGCUGGGGUGACCCGCAGAAGCGGACAUCUGGAGGAAGCGGCGGCAGCGCGUGCCGAGCGGGGCGCGCCAUGUCGGGAGGGCCCCCCAAGGCCCUGCCGUCCUCGGGGCCCCACUCCCUGCUUGACAUGCCGCACCCGUUGGCGGGCUCCAGCAGCGAGGAGGCCGUGGGCGGCGACAGCACUCCGAGCCCGGACCUGCUAAUGACCCGCAGCUUCGGCGACAAGGAUCUCAUUUUGCCCAACGGUGGUACUCCGGCAGGUACUUUGAGUCCAGCUUCUUCAUCCUCCCUGCUCAACAGACUUCAGCUUGACGAUGACAUUGAUGGUGACACCAGAGAUCUCUUUGUCACAGUCGAUGACCCCAAGAAGCAUGUGUGUGCGAUGGAGACCUACAUUACGUAUAGGAUCACCACCAAAAGUACUCGGGUGGAGUUUGACCUGCCAGAAUAUUCUGUCCGUCGAAGAUACCAGGAUUUUGACUGGUUGAGGAACAAACUGGAAGAAUCCCAGCCCACUCAUCUCAUUCCCCCGCUUCCUGAGAAGUUUGUGGUGAAAGGUGUUGUGGAUCGUUUUUCAGAAGAGUUUGUGGAGACCAGAAGAAAAGCUCUGGAUAAAUUCCUGAAAAGAAUUACAGAUCAUCCUGUGCUCUCUUUCAAUGAACACUUUAGUGUUUUUCUCACUGCUAAGGACCUGAACGCCUACAAGAAGCAAGGGAUCACGUUGCUGACUAGGGUGGGCGAGUCGGUCAAGCAUGUCACCGGAGGCUACAAGCUGAGGAGUCGACCUCUGGAGUUUGCAGCCAUUGGUGACUACUUGGAUACGUUUGCUCUCAAACUGGGAACCAUUGAUCGAAUAGCCCAGCGGAUCAUCAAAGAAGAAAUAGAGUACCUUGUAGAGCUGAGAGAAUAUGGGCCAGUGUACUCCACGUGGAGUGCCUUAGAGGGGGAGCUGGCUGAACCCCUGGAGGGUGUGUCAGCUUGCAUUGGCAACUGCUCUGCAGCCUUGGAAGAACUGACGGAUGACAUGACAGAAGACUUUCUACCUGUGCUCAGGGAAUAUAUUUUAUACUCUGACUCCAUGAAGAGCGUACUGAAGAAGAGGGACCAAGUGCAAGCCGAGUACGAAGCCAAACUGGAAGCUGUGGCUCUGAGAAAGGAAGACCGCCCCAAGGUGCCAGCAGACGUUGAGAAGUGUCAGGAUCGGAUGGAGUGUUUCAAUGCUGAUCUGAAAGCUGACAUGGAGAGGUGGCAGGACAACAAGAGGCAGGACUUCCGGCAGCUGCUCAUGGGAAUGGCUGACAAGAACAUCCAGUAUUAUGAGAAGGUACUGAGUGUGCUGUGCCUCAUGGCGUGGGAGUCGAUUAUUCCACUCCUGCAGGAGAAACAAGAAGCCAAAUGAGUUCCUUCCUGGGACAGAGACUUCUACCUGCACAGGGCCUGGCACCCGAUUCCAGAAUGUUCCUGCAGGGCCAGAGAGGCAGCACUGAGAAAACAACCACAGAAACGUCUCUCUUUCAUGUAUUUCUUUCCCUUCCCCUCCUUCCUUUGUCCAAUAGUUGUUUUCGGUUGGUAUUUAUUCCUUGGUGGAGUCUGUAAAGCCGUAAUCAUCUCUCAGUGAAAGAAGCUCACCUCCAUGUGGAGAGGGACUGGUUAAAUGGAGCACCACGAAGCUUUGAAACUGAGGGACAAGACGCCUCUCAGCUGACGUUCCGACAUCUCAUUACAGUUUUGGGUUUGGAGACAUGGAGUUGCCAGUUGUGGAAGAGAACCCAGGUCCCGCUUUUCAAGGACAUGAGGGAGACGUGAACGGAAGGCAGUGCUUGCUUUCCAUGGAUGCGUGGGAGCUCUGUAGCUGGCCUCCAAGGGCCCUGACCUGGCUCAGUCUAGAAGGAGGUGUUGGCACCUCCAUGGAAAGUCCUUAAUGUACAGAGGCCUGUAGCUGUGACUGUGGCCUGCUGCCUGCAUGUAAUGAGUGACAUCUGUUUUAUGGUUUUGGUUCAUAUAGGACCACUGAGGUCAGUGUCUGUAUGUAUCAGUGCUAGAGUGAGCUAGCCAGCAUCCUGACCUCAUGCGAUGCCUUGAGCAGCUGAGGGGGCAUUGCUCUCCCAGCUGGUUUCUGACACUAGAAUGCAGUAGAUUGGAAACUGUUUUUGUGUAAAAUGAAAACAGGUGAGUUUUUCUCUGUGCAGUUCUUCGGUGUUUUUCUUUUGCUUGUUAAAUGUCAUCAGACUAGAGAUUAAGCUUGUUUGGGAAUAUCUAUUGUCUUGAAGUCAGAGUAGCUCCCUAGUUGGUGAGAUCAGUGGGCAUAUGCCAGGCCCCACCAACCAUGUCUGCUUUGUGCCGUUUGCCUUUACCUCACCAAAAAUUCCUAGUUUAAUAUUUCCCACUAUGUCCACUGAGUGUUUAGGCAAUGUUUUGGUGAGAACCUGGUGUAUUGUUAUGACACAGUUGAGAUUGUGUAAACUCACUGUGAAUGUUCUACAUGAAGUGCUUUAACCCUUAACAUGGUCAGGAAGAAAAGUCAGUAUCUGGACAGGCCUCAAAAAUGACAAACGUAAUACCAAACUCUCCACUUCUUGUUCAGCUAAAAUCUCAAUUUGCAGCCAGAUUUCUGGGGACUGCUGGGUGCGUCGAAGUCUUCAUUUCCAACAAUUACCAGGUAUACUUUUCAAACCAACAGACUAAAAGGAUCUAUCUUCCAACUCAAAUUUUAUUUUUUCCCCUGAAAUGAAGCUACAUAGGUCAUGUUUGUGUUCUUUCGUCUGUGGCUCAUUGAAACCUGAGCCUCAAAUAAGUGGUAUUAUUAUUAUUAUUAUUAUUUAAUGAAACCUGUGCUGGGACAUGGCUGCACGUGGAAGUUAACCUGUACAUACUGGGCAACAUGCCACCUGUUUAAGUCACUUCAUUCCUCUUCUGACUGCAGGGUUGACCUUGGCUCAGCCAUGGCUUUGAUGCUGGUGUUGGGGAGGCAGCAGUUGGACAGCACAGAACAGUUUGGUUGUGUGUCGUCGUGUUUGAAAAAGUUGAAGUUUAAAUUAUAAUUUUUAUAUCAGUUGGUACUUGCCUGCACUGUAAGACCCCUUUCAUGCCAUUCUAAAAUCCUUUGAUUUAAAUUUUCAGUUUGGUACAAUUAGAAAUGAGUGAUUGCAGCAGAAGGAUAUGAACGGUCCAUCCACCCCAAGUGGUGAUUCAGUGUUUCAUUCUACCUCUGAACCAUCAUGUGGCGUGGGUAUGGAUGUCCGGGUCCAAUUGACAGCUUGCUGGUAGAACGGUGUGUAUCUAGUAACGGGUUAGUGGCCUUCUAUUAAUAUUUGGAGGAAGACACCAGACCGACCGAGCAGUGAACGCUCAUUUUUGGAAAUGAACACGUUCCAUCUUGCCUUGUGGGAAUGUGUGCUUUAAAAAUGUUGUCCAGGGUGACGAAUGCUUGGGAAGAAUUGUGGAAACAGUUACCAGAAGACUGCAAUUAGUCUGCUUCUAGUAGCCAAAGCCCAGGGACAUUUCUAUGUGUAAGGGUUAGUUGGGAAAGAAGGUGCCCUUCAAAAAUACUAGCUUCCCAGCUGGGACAUAUGGGGAAAGGGGUAGAUGCCCCGUCAUUCCCUUACAUUACUGGAAGCAGAGGACUGGCUGUGAAGGGAUUUGGGCAUCCUGGGAUAUGUCUUUUUCUAUUUGUUUGGCUCCCAGGUGAUGUUCCAGAGAGAGCUGGAACAAGGCCACUGUCCUCUAGCAUGCCAUUGAUAGCAGAGCUGGGCAAACCAGUGUGUGUUGCAGACUUCCUUGGAGAAAUGGUCUUUCUGGAGAAGAGGCCUGUGACCCUUCAGGCUAGCCUCUGAUGAAGAGGGGGCAAGGACAGUAUGCAGUGAAGGAGACAUGUCCUUGUCCACCCCUGGCUCCACCAGGCCCCUGAGGGGCAGCACCCUCAAGCACUUACGUCAUCUCCAGCGUGAAGGUGUCUCCCUGCGAGCAAUGCCAAAGACCGCCUUGUUGAGGCUUUACCACCCCAUCCUUCUUGGCUCCAGAAAGUUAUGGUGCUAAGAUCCCCAACUCCUAUCUUAUAUUUAUUUUCCAGGAGGUUUGUACUUGAGGAUGCACCUUACCUCGGGCAGACGGAUGUGGACAGGUUUUGAGGCUUGAUCACAGGGCAGUGGAAUAGACCAUCAUUCUUGUCAACUGCCCCUGAGCCUGGCAAGUGAAAGGUCUCAUUCCCCCAGGUUAGAAAUCCAGGCUAAGGAAUUCUAAGAGAAUUCCUAGAGACUGAAUAGAUGUCAGACAUGCAGAUGUUGAAGAGAGCGGCUGUGGUUUGCAGCUGCUGUGGAUCUGCUCUUCCUUACGUGGGGGAUCGCCAGCAAGGGUCUAGGCUCUUCUGCUCAGUGAGGAGGGAACAUCCUCCACGGCGAGGUUUGGAGUUGGCUUUUAUCCCCUAGUAAGACUUGAUGAUUCCUGAUGAACUCAGGUAAGUGCAAUUGUGAAGUUAUUUGGCUCGUAUCUCCCCGUGCUGCUCCUGGACUCACCAGACCCCUUUCUUGACCUGAAGUAACAAAACCAGCAUGACUCUGGGGACUGUGGUGAAUGUAACGUAAGUUUGUCUUCAUGCCAAAUUCCAGCCACACCCAGAGCAUGUCCUGCUUCUUGAAUUGAAUGUGUUUUUUCAAUCGCCAUCGACACGAGGGCAUUAAAUGCACACCCGCUGCUCAGUGCUUAUGAAGCUGCCUGUUGUGAUGCAACAACAGGAGUUCUGCUUGAGAGGAGGGUGUGAAGGCCAUGUGGAGUUUGUCUCCCUGGUAUCGGCCCAGGAAACGCCCAGAGUGUGUGUGACUUGGCCCCGCCAUUGAUGGCAUUGAAAUCGCACGUACCUGGCUUUCAGGUAGUCAUCUCUACACUCUGUCUGUCCUGAGGGAGGAGGGAGAGCGGGUUGCAGAGCCACCUGCCAGGUCUGUGUUGGCUUUAUCUGCUUGGGUUUGGGGAUGGAUUAGAAUUGGGCUCUCCCCUGGCUGCCCUAGAGGGCGCUCCCACCCAAGACAGGCUGCCUGUGGUCAACGCUGGGCACGCCCAUUCCGGGCCCCACCUUCCCAGACGCCGCCUUUCAAGGCCUUUGGAAACUGGGGGAUCUAAUCAUAAGCCUGUAGUAACACCGCUUUGCUCUCAUCCCCAUGUCCAAAAUAUUUUAGGAAUUUGGGUUUGUCUUCUCACUUCAGAAGUCCUCAAGACGGCAGGAGAUUGGAUACGCCCUCUCACUUCUUAUGUUGUCUUUAUUCAGAUGGCAGGUGGCAUUUAUCAGUAAAUUUGUAAAUUUGAGGAAAAAAGCAUCUGCAGGGCCAGGCUUACAGAUCAAGUUGAAUGUGUCAGAGUUCUCUUCCUCAUGAUUUUUUAAUUCAGUAAAUAAACCAGGAAACUGAUGUUUCAUCAACUUACCCAAUAGGUGGUUAGCUUUUUGUUUUAAGGAUGUCUGGUCUCCCCACGGCUGCACAGAUGAGAGUGUGCACAGGGCUGUCUGCACUAGAAAAGCCGGAGGAGGGGGGAGCUUUGUCACAGGGGGGUGCUGACUGUUCUUUCAUACUCAUAAGUAUUUAAAUGCAUUCUGGGUAUGGCUGUCUAACCCUUUCUUCGGGGCAGAAAAAUCUAUUACCCUGGCAGUUUUUACUACUACAGAUAGCGUGUAAAUAAGUGCUUUGAAAAAAAGAACCUUAAGAAACCAGUAAGAUAUUUGUCUUAUAUGUAAACAUUCUGUGUAUUUAGCACUUGAAAAUCAACAAAUCCAGACUUUUAAAGUGCCACAGACUGUUGAAAGCCUAACUUUUUGAGAAUUGUCAAUACCUAUUCAUAUGCCUUAUUCUUCAACUAGUGUUUUUUUUUUAGAUUUUGGAUAGAAGGAGGUUUUAGAAUGUAGUCAGUUGUUCAGCUUAAGUACUUGAGGUCUAACACAGCCAGUCCUCCAUCCUCUAAGAACAACGAGCAAGGGCUGCCUUUUGGGAGGAGAAAGCUAAGUACUGCUAUUGCCAAAUGAUAUUUUUGAUAAUGUAAGGAAACACAGGGACCACAAAACCUUUUUUUUUUUUGUUUUGCUUCAAAGUAUGAAAGAUAAAUUUAGUGCCUUUUGGCACACUUUUGAUUGUUGAGGAUAUAUGGUAUCAGCGUCGACAAAUCACACAGACACAAAGAAUUCUAGAGAUCAUGGACAAUACUAAAGGCUUGCCCUGAUUCUGCAGAACAGCUUUUUAAAAGACAACCUUGGUGGGGACAUAGGGGGAGGUGGGCUCAGAGUAUCAUGUUUCAGGUAGAAAUUCUCCACAGAUUGCAAUGCCAAAAACAUGAAACAUACUGUGUUGGAUCACCUAAUUUAGUCCAUUUUUUUUAACAGAGCUUUUACUAUGAAAACCAGUGAUUGAAUAUUGCACAUACACCUCUCCUGGCAGUGCCACCUUCUCACCAGGUGAUUCUGGGCUACUUGUAGGCCAGGUCAGAGGUCGUUAACACCUGUCAGCACUCCACAUGGACAGGCCUGCUCACAGUCUCAGACCAACCCUCCGAUCACUCAUGAUACUAGGACAAGGAAAGAUGGAGGUGGGGAAUCACUUUUCCCCUGGGGAGGAAAUGGGGAUGGGACGGUAGAUUGCAAACAGAAUCGUGAAUCAGUAUCAUAAAGUGAUACCUGUGUCAGCUGGGCCUCCGUCAAAUAACAAACCAGCAGCUAACAGCACUGUCACCUGGGCAGCCCUGAGGUUUGGGCCUGUCCAGUGGAUGCCCUGUCCGUUGUACUUCUAUGUGCCUGUUCCCUUGAUGUCUGUGCGUUGGGAAUGCAUUGAGAGAUGAUGUACAUCUGAUAUGUUCCCAUGAAAUGAACUGCCAGCAAACUUUCUAACUUGUAUUUUAACUAUUGAAUAAGAGAUAAAAACUUUUGCUUGGGUCAUGUCCAAAUUCUGGACUGUAUCUCUUAUUUUUAGAAGUCAUUCUUUACAUUUAAAAUUAAAACAAAAAACACCUGAGAUCAUGAUAAAGUCUUCAGUGUAAAUGUGUUCUCUCCAUGCUGCCAUUAAGCCAAAUCAAAAGCUGUGAGAAGAAAAAAAGUGCUUGAGAAUGUGUGUAGUUGAGAAAGAGAUUUAUUUACAGAUCAAAGUCUGUUUUGUGAAGCCACCAAUCUUUAAAAGGAAUGUCACUUUUUUUUCUUCCUUUGUUAUAGAACCCAGAGAUUGUACAAAGAAAAAAAUUUUCUGUUGCAUUUUUGAUGCCGGCAUGAGGUUUUUGUCCACCUUUUUUCAUAUAUCUGUGUAUAAAAAAUUCUGACCGUUGUUUACUAUGGGAUUAGUAUUACAUUUUGAGGUAAACAAAUGAAUUUGUAUUGCUUGAUAAACUAUUAGCUUGUAAAUUUAAGAAGGUUUCUUUACCUCAAUUAAAGUAAUGGACCAAUAAACCUAUGAAAGAUGCUUUCUUUA